ACCGAGCGUGACUGACCAUGGCCCUGUCAGCUCUGUGGCGCCGCUCUGUGAGCUGGAAAUCAGCCCUGACCCGGCUCGUGCAGCUCUUCCGCUCCCCCCAAAGCUCCGGCACCAAAGGCUCAGCCAACCUGCCUCCACCAGCCCCACUGGCAAGCAGCCCUGGCGUUCCUGUUCCAUCCAACAAUGCCCAGGGGGGGCCCCAGGGCAGUGGGAAGCCCCUGGCUGGGGCAGACCAACGUGCCCCCCAGGGUCAACUGCAGCCCUACCACCAUCAGGGGAGAGCAGUGGCCCCGGUCCCAGCAGCGCGGCACAGCCAGCGCAGCCCUGCCAGCUCAGCCAACCCCUCCGGGACACCCCUGGGCAGUGGCAGCCCCCCAGACGGGAGCACCCCCAUGGAUGUGGACGUCACCCCGGCACUUAACAUCAGCCUGGCCAGUGACGUCUCCAUGGAGGAGGACGCCCCCCGCGGCUGCGACCUCUCACUGGCCACCGACGUCCCCAUGGAGGAGGACACCGCCCGCGGCUGCGACCUCUCGCUGGCCAGCGACGUCUCCAUGGAGGAGGACGCCCCCCGAGGCUGCGACCUCUCGCUGGCCAGCGAUGUCGCCAUGGAGGAGGACACCUCCCCGCCCAGAUAUAGUUAA